GUGUAUGUGUGUGUGUUUGUAUCAGGGAUGUCACGGGCUGAGGAAAAAUCGGUGAGGGUUUGAAAAUUAUUUUCCUUGGAUUGGGUGUUCGUGUCGGGAAAAGUCCGGAUAUUUUGUUUCUGUUAACUAGGCCCGUCCCUGCUUUUCUCCCCUUUUACCCGUCCCUUAGCCUUCCCUUCCCUUUUCCCCGUCCCUAACUUUACCCGUUCUUCCCGUCCUUCCUGCCCUUCCCGUCCCUUUUCCUUCCCUUCCCCGUCCCUUUCCAAGAUUUAUUCAAAUAAUGAUAAGGAAAGAUAAAAAGGAUUAACAUCUUCUAUAAAAAAUACCCCCCCCCCCCCACAUUCCUUUGUUGGUCUCUAAACUUUAAUUUUUUUAAUUUAAAAUAACCGGAAACCACCAAAAAAUAUUUAAAAAUAUUUUAUUAGGUCAGAUUUCAAAAAAAAUUUUUAAAAGAAUGUACUAAUCCCUCCUCUCCCAUCUUUGAUGUUUUAUAAACAAUUUGUUUCGAAAUUGGUGCAAAAAAGAAAAAAUUGGAGAGGUAAUGGUUAGUGACAGACUUUUUUGUUGUAAACACGCGGGAAAGGGAAGGGGGAAUGACGGGGUUAGUGUGUGUAGUCUAAGGCUGUCCCAGUCGCCAUUCAUUUACACUUUCCUCAUAAAAAACUGCAAGGGGCUACCAAGUAGAGAUAAAAAGGGGGUCUUUUAGGCGCGAACUUUUUUGUUAGCUGAGCACAGAUUUUUGGUUUUUAAUUUUUAUAAUUUUUUUAAAAUUAAUUUUUCGAUUUUCUGUUCAGGUGUCAAGCAGCGAAUGAUUAAAAAUAUUUAGGUUAUUCAAAAUCUUGAAAUAAAUUUAAUAAUUAUGAUCUCUUAAAAAACCUUAAGGGAUAAAAAAAGGGGGAGAUUAUUUUUAAGAUUUUCUGUCGGCUUUUUCAGAAUUUAGGGACCAACUACAAUUUAUCAAAAAUAUAUUUUACAAAGUAUUUUUGAAAUUGGAAUUAUCUAUAAAACAUUUUUGACAGUUUUUGACAUUUUUAUAAGGCAGCGCCUAAACAUCCCCCUUCCCCCUCUUCUCCAUUAAAAGCAUGUUGAAUAUUUUAUUGUAUCUCCUCUUUUUUCCUUCCACCCUCAAAAAGCUCUUUAUUUUUUUCUCAUUUUUUCUCGUGCCAUUCCCUUAAAAAACAAAUCAAUGUCAUCCCGUCUAGUUUUUUUUCUAUGUCCAUUUGUCUUUUUUUUUAAAUAAUGGCCGGCUUUUUUGUUAUUAAAAAAUUUUUUUUUUGCAAUUUUACAUAAAGGGGAAUUAUUAAAUAAAGGAAAGAGAAUAGAAGAAGGAGGGGAGUUUCU